CGAAGAUUUGGGGAAACGGAAGGAUAACCCGUUGGUCAUCAUCGAUUGCGGCAAGGGUGACUUGCCAGUGGCAGACGGUUCCGACGACGAGGUUAUCAGCGGGAAGAAGAGUGUAGAGAAUGCUGACUUACUCGUCAUACGCACCAUCGAGGAUCUACGAAACAAGCUGUCCUGGCCACAUCCGAAGCAAGGCCCGUUCGAUCCCGGACACCUCAAGAAGGACCCUCCACUACGAGUUAUGUGAGUCUGCUCAUCGAAUCGCAAUCAAGCGCAACAGCUAGAGGCACUAACCGCAGCAAAACCAGCCUGCUAGAGCGCAUGUGGCCGACCUCGCUGCUGCUGAACCUCAGCGAAGACGUACUGCUACAGAUCCUAACAUACCAUCAGGUCCCGGCUCACUUCCUGACGUUCAUUACUAGCGGCGGCGAGUCUUGGAGCUUCGCCAGCGGUAUGAGCUUCGUGGGCCUCAAAGGCUAUACGAAUACCCUCCUGGACCCCGGUCGACAGCCCACCAACUUGGCGGUACUGGGUCGUAGUGGAAGGCAUAUUCAGAUUUGCCUCACCUUAUUCAGCAUCCGCGAGUAUCCCUUGCACGCCUUACCCCGAGAAGGGGACCCCGCUAAAACGCCGCGCUGGGAGACGCACUCCGCGGUCGUGUACGUUCACUUUGAUAUUAUCGAGGGCACGGCGUUGUGGUUGCUCGUUAGCCCCCGAUCGUAUCAUCCGGAAAGAGGUCAAGGGACUCAGAACCUGCUUUGGAACAAUUUGAAAGACGGCAUGGCGGAUGGUAUGGACGGGCUUCGGUCACUCGACGUCCCCGAGCGAUUCCGCAUCAGUCUUGACAGUCUCCUCGCCGCUGCCGAGUGGUCCAUCGGGAUGUUUUCACAUCACGUCCAGGACACGGAGAAGAGGCUUUACGACUUGACCAAGCCGUACGUGUAUCCGUAUGACGACGAGGAGAUGGUCGACGACAAGGCAAGCGAAUCAAUCCACGCCCAGGACCUCCGUAGAAUGGCGUUCUUGAUGGAAACUCGGCAUGGCAGUGUCAUGAAAGUUGAGAAUAACCUUCGGGUCCUCCGCCGUCUCCGAGAGUUUUUCGUGGAAGAGGUAGCCGGUCACCUCGGCCCUCUGAGAGAUUCCCACACCGAUGACAUCCGGACGCAUAUCAAAGGCUUUGCGGAGAAAUUGACAACGGUGAUCGCAGAGAUCGAGGACUUGCUGGACAGAGCAUCAGCACUGGAUAAACUUGCGAGGAACAGAGAAGAAUACAUUCAACGUUUACAAGCGCAUCACUCGACUCAGCAGAUGAAGACAAUCGCGGUGCUGACGGCGGAUGACUCGUCCGCGAUGAAGCAAUUAUCCUUCAUCGCCCUGAUUUUGUUACCAGUCACGGUCGUAUCAGUAAGCCAGCUUGUCUCCAGGAAACAAUGUUGUUGGAAGAGAGAGAGAACCCGAAUGCGCUUAUCGGAUGUUUUAACUAAUGAUAUUUUAUGCAGACCGUUCUCAGUACGGACAUUGUCAAGUUUCAGGAUCUUUCGAACGAAAACGAGAAUACCACCCGAGGCACGGCCGAAGGUCCGGUUCCGAUGUACAACUUUUCGGUGGCGGCCUUUAGUACAUGGGCGGUCGCCAGCGUAGUUAUGACAAUCGGGACCUUGGUCAUUGUCAAGCCAGUAGGGAAGCGUAGGAGGCGAGGCGACGGCAGUGUAGAUUGUGGAACUAACGAUUCCCCCAUGGAGGGCACAAGGAGAUGUCGACUGAUGAGACGAUUGUCUCAUGCGUGGAACAUUCGAGACAGGUUCGACUCAGCCAUAGACUCUCCGUCCAGCAAGGCCAGGCCACUGAGCCCGGCGACAUCGGCACUCGCGACUUCGAUACACACGGCACCGACAUUCGUCAAGACGGCAUCAAAUUCGCGAGGGACUCCGGUGGUGGAUGUGGACACUCCCGU